GUCAUAUCUGUGAUCUAACCAUAUUUUAUAAAUAUAAACAAUAUAAACAUCAAUAACAUUCAACAAUAUGACUGUGGAAAAUGCUGGAGAAAAAGGGAAAAAGGAAAUAUUUCCUAUUGAAGACGAAAAAAGCAGCAGAUAUCGUACAUACAGCAUCUUGUCGUAUUUUAUAGUUCUAGUUAUCAUAGGUCUGCCAGUAUGGUGGUACACAACUCGAGUUUAUCGGGCAGAUUUGCCUCUAACAAAAAUGUCAAAUUUAGAGCUAGAAAGUAAAUUGGGCAAACAACUUGGAAUACCGCUCAGUCUAGAAUAUGAUAUACUCAUCACUGUUGUUAACCCAGAACCUCAGAAUUUAGAAUUAGCAUUAGAUACCAGGCAAGUUGGUGAAGCACUGGAACCGUUUUUGAAGAAUAUAUCAUCUGUUGCACAAUUCACUGUUAAAUCACAGUGGCUCUAUUUGAUAGAUCUAGGUGUAGCACCUAAGAAGGUUGAAAAUGGGUACCUCAUUAGUGAGAAACAGUUGCCUCACAUAAUUACACCAUUGGAAAAAAAUUUAUGGUCUCACAUUUCUCCUAGGCCUUGCUUGAAUUUGGUUCUUUACAUUCCUCCCUGUUCAUCCAGUCCACUGCAUAUUUAUAAGAAAAUUGGGAAAGAAAACAUUAAAUCUUCUUCAAAUGCUAUGCUAAGUCCCAGUUGGGGUGGAAUCUAUAUUGUGAAUCCUAGUAUAGAAGAGUGUAGAAAUGGGAAAUUCCAGCCAAAGCUUGAUAACAUUGUAUCAACUUUCAUGACUCAAUUGAAAAUGAUGUUUGACAUCAAGGAUUCUAGAAAUUAUGAGGAUUUAAGAAGAUUAUACAAAAGGAAAGCUAGCAAUAUGAUUGAAUCUUCAAAAAGAACUCUGAAGUCCUUAGCCCAGCUGUUAUCUGAAAUAAAUAGCAUUGUUAUUAGUGACGAAGUUGCAGAAAAAAUUGAAAUUUCUUUGGAGAGUGUAGAAAAUGCUGAGCUUUAUUUGAAGGCUGAAGAAAUUGAUCAAGCUUUGAAGUUUGCUAAAAUUGCUUUCAAUCAUUCAGAAAAAGCCUUUGGGGAUCCAUCACUACUUGCCUUACUUUAUUUUCCUGAUGAUCAAAAGUAUGCUGUUUAUAUUCCCCUGUUUCUUCCCAUUAUGAUACCUGUGCUAAUGUCCCUUUUAUCAGUGAAGAAAAAACUUUGGAAUUCAAAGAAAAUGAAAACAGAAUGAGGAUAAUAAAGAAUAAUUUGA